AUAAAUUUCUGUUUGUGCGGCGAGGGCUGUUCAAAAGGAGGAAUUUUUUCUGGGUCUAUUAAGGAGUUGUAAUCAGGAUCCUCCCCCCUCUCCUUUAAUAUCUCCUCCCUUCUGGACUAGAGCUGGCCUUAAUAAAUAGAGAGUCGGAGGAGUAGGAAGGGGCCCUCGUCGAUCGAAUAAGUUGGCAUCCCUGAUUUGAUUUUUGCCGGUGAUUAGUCUCCUUUGUUGCGCCGGCCUAAAUAAGCAGAGGAGGAGUAGUAGGGGGAUUCGAAUAUGGGCAGAUCAGGCAUCCGCCGCUUGUCGCAGAUCCAAUAAGGUCGAUCCAAAUAGUUCAGGCGUCUCAUCAUCAAGAACAGUUUUUUCAACAAGACCAGUUGAUCUGAUCAGCCAUGAUGAAGAAAAGACGUCACCGCAGAAACAAUGUAAAUGCAACACAGAAAGCAACCCUCAACAAAGACGCUGCUGGCAGCGAAGAAGUCGGAGACAGGCUUAGCAAGCUGCCUAAUGACAUUCUACUCAACAUUCUGGAGAGGGUGGACACGCUCGAUGCAAUAAUGACCUGCAUCCUAUCAAAGCGAAUGAUGAAGCUCUACACCAAGCUCUCGCAGUUCUUCCUAAGUUGUAGUUCCAUUCUAGGUCACAAUGUUAGAACCAACAGUGAAUAUGUCAGAACCAACAGUGCUGUGGCUCAUGUAACGGAUAAUAUCUUGAGCACAAAGAGUCCGGAGAUCACCAUUAGCAAACUCAAAAUCAGAUUCAUCUUGAUGCAACCUGAUUGUUACACAAUUGACAAAUCUGUCGCCCGCACCAUGGCAACACAGAAGGUUGGUGCAGCUGAGUUUGAGAUCAUAACAGAGAAAAUUCAUAAGAAGUGUUCUCCUGCCGAUCUCCUCUAUCAUGCGAAGCAGUUCAAUGAUUUUUUCAGUGCUUGUCUGGAUGCAUUUGCUGGCCUCAAGCGCCUGUGGCUGCGCAAUAUGAGGUUUGGUGAACUAGACAUACCCAACAUCCUCACCACUUGCAAGCUCUUGGAGUCUUUGCAUUUAACCAAUUGCGACUCGGGGAUGAAUUCUGUGGUGCAACUAGAACAUGCUAAACUUACUGAGCUCGAGGUCGAGUAUGGGAAAUUUGAGAUAGUUGAGCUGACAUGUCUACCAAAACUCCAACGGGUGAGCUAUAAGGGCUGGUUCAACUCUCAUAAAGGUCCCCUGUAUUUUGGUUUUGUACCACAGCUUUCAAAGCUGAGGCUUGCUAAAAUUGGCACCCGACCAACUAGGACUCUUGAGUUAAGUCAGCUCCUUGGUAAUGUUCCUUACAUAGGCAACCUGCAUCUGGAUUUUCAAAGUGAAAAGAUUUGGGUUCUGCCAGAAAGCCCGAAGCUGCUCAGGCCUGUGCUCAGCCAACUACAGCAGGUGAAUCUGGACAAUCUUUCUGAAGGAUGUGAUUUAGCUUGGCAAUGUUUAUUAUUGAAGCUGCACCGUCCCUAAAAGAGCUCUGCAUCACAGUCUUGGAUCAUUGGUGCAAUAUGGUGAUGAGAGACAAAGAGUUCCAGAAGAACAAUGGUUUCUGUGAAAAGGCAGACGUGGAGUGGAAGCCACCCCCCUGAUUUCAAGCACAAGAAUCUGGUUAAGCUCACCAUCUAUGGCUUCCAACCUGACGACAUCUUUGUGCGAUUCAUCAGGUGUGUCAUGGAACAUGCGGAUAAUAUGGCAGAGAUAUCUCUGCAUGACAGGAAGAAGGUAUGUCUGCGCUGUGGUGUCUUGGAUCCUGAGAUGAAGUACCCAUCGAGAUAUCACUGAAGAAUUGGGGAGGUCUUUGCCUGCUAUGGUUCGCUUCUGGACGUAAUUAACAAAAAGAGAUGUACUACCUAGUAUUAGUACUAGUUUGCAAAUCCUCUGAACUAUAAUUUAGUAGUACUCUUGCUUUCCUUUGAAUUGAAGCUAUGUGAAGUGUUUGUCUAAUGGAGAAAAUAUU